UGUUGCCUAGUAACACAGUUUAGGUUAGACAUGGAGGCCCAUAGUGCUGCACUGCUCAUGACACUUCUGUUGUUGUUGAGCUCCAUCGCCCUCAGCAAUGCCGACCUCUACGGCAACCCCUCGCCGCCCCCGCCGCCAGCCGGGCUGGCCCCGCCUCCACCCUCCGCCGUGGCCGGGAAGGUGUUCCCGCCCCAGUCGGUCCUGUGCAAUGACCGGUUCACGAAGUGCUUCGGGCACAACAUCACCUGCCCUCAGCAGUGCCCAUCCUUCAAGCCUGCUGACCCAACUGCCAAGGCCUGUGUUAUUGACUGCAACACCCCCAAAUGUGAAGCUACUUGCAAGAACCGCACGGCCAACUGCAAUGGAGUAGGCUCCGCUUGCGGCGACCCCAGAUUCAUUGGAGGCGACGGUAUAGUCUUCUACUUCCAUGGAGAGACCAACCGCCACUUCGCUCUCGUCUCUGACCAGAACCUCCAAAUCAAUGCCCGGUUCAUUGGUCGCCGCCCAGAGGGAAGGAAGCGCGACAACACGUGGAUCCAAGCCCUAGGCCUCAGGUUCAACCGCCACACCUUCACUCUCUCCGCCAAAAAGGUUGCCCACUGGGACAACAAAGUUGACCAGCUCGCUUUCACCUACGACGACCAGCUGGUCCACAUCACCGACGGUCACCUCUCGAGCUGGUCGGCUCCGGAUAGCCCUCUCUCCGUGGAGCGGACAGCUAACCAGAAUGCGAUCACCAUGACUCUUCCUGGCGUCCUGGAAAUUUCUGCGAGCGUAGUGCCGAUCACCAAGGAAGACGACAGGAUCCACAACUAUCAGAUCCCCGCUGACGACUGCUUCGCGCACUUGGAGGUGCAGUUCAGGUUCUUCGACCUCUCAGAGCGGGUGGAGGGCGUGUUGGGGCAGACCUACAGGCCCGAUUUCCAGAACCCAGUGAAGAGAGGAGUCGCGAUGCCGAUCAUGGGAGGUGAGAACAAGUACAGGACGUCCUCUCUCUCGUCCGCGGACUGUCAGUACUGCAUCUUCGACCCAGAGACAGCAUCGUCCGCGGAGGUGAAGCCGUUGGCAUUGGAGACGGCAAGCGCAAUGGAGUGCACCAGCAAGUUCAGCAAUGGACGGGGAGUAGUCUGCCGCCGGUAGAGAUUUGGGCCAUGGAAAAGGAAUACAUGUACGGUUGCUAGUGGAAUAAUAGUGUUGAGAGGUUCAGAACUUUGUGAUAGGG